AUGAAGUUCUUGGCAACAUUCGCUCUCCUCGUCCUCGUGGUCAGUGCCGCGUUCGCCGAAGAUGCCCCCAAGAAAGAUGAGAAGGAAGAUAAGAAGGACGUUGAAGGGCGCGGCGGGUUUCUAGGAGGCGUGCCCGGCUACGGCGCCGGCGUGGUUCCUGGUGUCGUCGGCGGCCCCGGCGUCGUUGGUCCAGGAGUUGUCGCCAACCCCGCACUGGUAGGAGCUGGUGUCGGCCACGGCGUUGGCUUGGGUGGUGUUGGCGUUGGUCACGGUGGCGGCUUCCAGACGGGUUACGGCACUAACGCCGGGGCGCAACAGGCGGGCUUCCAGAAAGGCGCUGCUGGACACCAGCAGGGAUCCGGAGCCUUCACUGGGGGUUCAGCUCACAGGACCGUUAACGCUUUCAGCAACAACCAGGGCUACAACCACAACACCGGCUUCUCGGCUUCCGACAGCAAGACCUUCGGUGCCGGCCAACAGCAGGGAUCUUCGGGCUUCCAGGGAGGCGCCGCUGGACAGCAGGCCGGAUUCGGACAGUCAUCCUAUGGCAAGACUGCCGGUGUCGGCCACGCGGGCGUUGGCGUUGUCGGCUGAAAGCUAUGGUUUGUAUUGUUUUAAUAAUUUCUC